AUGAUGGAGGAAACCUCACAGGCUGACCUUCAUCUCAGGGAGAACCACAGUCCACGGUGAAGUUGCCUUUUCAGCUGGCAGCGGUCCCUUUGGCUUCUGUAAUAAGCUCAGGCAUCGAGGCAGUCUCUUCUUGAUGCACACAAAGCUCUUGUUUUUGAACGGCGCUCUCAAAACAGCUGGUUCUCAUCAUGCCAAACCAACAGAAGAAAAUCAUUUUUUGCUUGGCUGGGGUGUUAAGCUUUGUGUGUGCUCUUGGAGUUGUGACAGCCCUGGGGACACCACUGUGGAUUAAAGCCACCAUCCUUUGCAAAACAGGGGCUCUGCUCGUCAACGCCUCAGGCCAGGAGCUGGACAAAUUCAUGGGUGAGAUGCAGUACGGGCUUUUCCACGGAGAGGGUGUAAGGCAGUGCGGGUUAGGAGCGAGGCCCUUUCGGUUCUCAUCGAGGGCAAGUCAGAAGAGGAGAGAGCUUUACCACGAAAAAGGACAAACAGCGGUUUUCCCAGAUUUGCUAAAAGCAAUUCCAGUGAGCAUCCACGUCAACGUCAUUCUCUUCUCCACAAUCCUUGUUGUUCUAACCAUGGUGGGAGCAGCCUUCUUCAUGUACAAUGCCUUCGGCAAACCCUUUGAAACCCUGCAUGGUCCGCUAGGGUUGUAUCUCUUGAGUUUCAUUUCAGGCUCCUGUGGCUGUCUUAUCAUGAUUUUGUUUGCCUCUGAAGUGAAAAUCCACCACCUCUCAGAAAAAAUUGCAAAUUAUAAAGAAGGCAUUUAUGCAUACAAAACGCAAAAUGAAAAAUACACCACCUCCUUCUGGGUCAUUUUCAUUUGCUUUUUUGUUCAUUUUCUGAAUGGACUCUUAAUACGACUUGCUGGAUUUCAGUUCCCUUUUUCAAAAUCAAAAGACACAGAGACAACAAAUGUAGCUGCAGACUUAAUGUAUUGAGAAGUGAUCUUUCUGCCAUUUUCCAAGUCAGGAAGUGGGCUUUGGUCACUCUAACAUAGUUAAUUUUAUCCAUCUUUUUAGACUGUGCAA